UCUUAACUAAGGCACUUUGUCAGAGGCGUCCAUUCACGUUACACCCCGGCAAGAACGCGCAGACUCAAUCUCAUCUGGGAUCGCGACACUUCCAGUGCGGCUGGCUAUAUAAGUUCAUUCAGCAUCUUGUCGUUAAGUAACUAUAUACUUGUUUCUUCAAGAAGUGAAGGAGGGCGUCAUUUCGCCAACUACCUGGGAACCUAGACGGCUGUACUGGACCUCCUCUAAGGACUGAAGAUUCCUGUUGAGAUCCUGACAUGAAGCUCAAUUUACUUGGUACCACCGUGAUUCUGCUAGUUGCCUUCUUACCGCGCCACGAAUGUCGGGUUAUUGAGAACCCUGGCGGUGCCCUGCGCGUCCCAGCUCCCCAAAGUCAAAACUCCCAGCAGCAGCAGCAGCCUGGUCCCAUCCUGGAGCGGCUUGGAGAGGAGUAUUUCAUCCGUCUCGGCAACGGGGACUCUAACACUUUCCCAUCAGCGUCCAUGUAUCCCGGGGGAUCACCUGCCAUCUUCAACAGGGCACUACAACUCCAGCUGACGCGGCGUCUUUUGCAAGGGAAAGUUGGGAACAUCAGGGCGCUCAUUAGCGGCUUUGGAGAUCGCGGGGAGGCGUCGAUGGAGCGGGGGAAAAGGUCCGAGGACCCGCCGAUAUCCCUGGAUCUGACAUUCCACCUGCUGCGGGAGAUGAUGGAGAUGUCCAAGGCGGAACAGCUGGCUCAGCAGGCGCAAAAUAACAGAAGAAUGAUGGAGCUCUUUGGGAAAUGAAGACCUCGUUUCAUUUCGCCAAAGAUCUUCUUUCCCGCUUUUCUUUUCUUUUUUUGCGUUUUUACCAUCAGCACCACACGCGCUCUGUACAAUAUAGUGCCGCUUUAUCACUUAUUUAUAGCUUUAACCUCAAACAGUGGAGAUGAACGGGCUCACCCUAUAAUGAUACCUUGCCAUUUUAAUGUUGGUGUGAAAUCUACACGGUUCCCCAUGUUUGAGAAUACUUUUGUUAAGACAUAUUGCAUUGACAAAAUUGGCAUUUUGUUUCAAAUUAUGGAUCGCUGUAUUAUUGAUAUUUAUGUUUGUUAAUAAACUCAUGUGCAACCAGUCA